UCCAUUUCUAUCAAAACUUCUUGAAAAUCUUUUUAGUAAAAUAACCAUCUUUUUUUUUGAUUUCUAACUAAUAAAUUUUUAAUUUUUGGCCAAAAUUAAUCAUCUAAAUUAAAGAGCAUGUUUCCAGAAAAAUAAGCUGAACAAAAAACCACUAAAUAGACCACCUUAAAAAUGACUCCGAAGAAAUGCUACUGUCCAGUCACUCAUGUCAUCUUUGAUUGCGAUGGAACAUUGAUAGAUAGUGAAGUCAUAUAUCUAAAAACUGUUCAAGAACUACUAGCUCCAUAUGGCAAAUCUUACACCAAGGACGAUCAGGCCCUUCAUAUGGGAAUGCCGGCAAAUACUUUUUCUCAACACAUCGUGAAGGAGUUAAAUCUGCCAGUUACACCUGAGAAGUUCCAAGAGCAAUUCGAAUCAACUUCUGAGAAGUAUAUGGGAAAUGUUUCCCUGUUGCCAGGGGUACGGGAUCUGGUUCUCCAUUUGCACGAAUAUCGCAUACCCUUCUGCAUAGCAACGAGUUCGUUUAAGAGAAUAUUCCAGUUGAAGGCGAGGUCAUUCAGUGAUAUAUUUCUGGCCUUUCAUCACGUUGUCUGUGGCGAUGAUCCGGAAAUCGGGCCGGGCAGAGGCAAGCCCAAUCCGGAUAUAUUUCUCCUAGCCGCCUCGAGGUUCAAUCCACCUGCGGAUCCCAAAAAGUGUCUCAUUUUCGAGGACGCCCCACUUGGUAUGAGAGGUGGAAUAGCAGCUGGCAGUCAAGUGGUAUUUAUACCACCUGAACAUGUAAAUAAGCAGCAGAAAAAGGGAGCCACUAUGGUACUCAAGUCCAUGGCGGACUUUAAACCCGAGCUUUUUGGCCUACCAGCCUUUGGAAACUGCUCAAAAUUUGAAUUUGGCUAACUCCUAAGCACUCUAAAUUUAUCUUUCAAAAUUGUUACACUAUAUUU